CAGGAGUAUAGACAGUGCAGUCUGCGAGCUCAUUCGUUCGGCCAACGCACAGUAGUUCGAUUCUUGGGUGCGUUUGACGAAGCUGUUGUUGCAGUAUACGUACACGUACAGAAAUGGGCGGCACGUACUCGACCGGUGGUGUGUUCGUGGUGAAGGAGAAGGAAAAGGGAUCAAAUAAGCAGCGACACCGACGCAAGGAUAAUAUCAAAAAACAAGGCCACGGCAAUCGGUUCGAGCAUAUACAAAGCGACCCAGAAGGAUUUUCAACUAGAACAGAUGAUGAGGAUGAACAGUUCUUCCAUCGGUUCUGUUGGGACCAGAAGCCUAAUCAAGAACUGAUACCCAGAGUGAGAUUGAAGACACCUUAUAGAACACCACCACUUCUUACUAUAAGUCGUAUGCUGAAAGAGUUGGAAAACGAAACAAAGAAAAAGAAAAUGGAAGUAGUUCCGAGGUGUAGAGCUCGAUCAGCAUCAGCAUCACGACCAAAGCUCAGACAAUACAUACCAAAUGAGAAUGCUCCAUUGGCAAAACGUUUCAACCGUGUCGGUCAAGGCAAUCGAUGUACAAGCCGAUAUGAAAUUUAUAACUCAACUACUAGACCGUUUGGGAAAAGUUACCGAGAGAUGAUAACUUCAUCUGAUGUUAAAAUAAAUCAAGAAUCGACUGAUACCAACGAAAGUAGUACCGAGUCAACUCAUAGUGCAUAUGUAACUUGUAGUUCAGAAGUUGAAACAUUAAAUAUAACUGGAUUUCAAUGUGUAGAUGAAAAUGCAGCUAAACACCAAGUUACUUUACAAACUACAAUAAGUGAAGAUAUAACAGAAGCAAGAAAUUAUAAUGUUAAGCCUAAUGACCAUGCUAAGGUAAUUGAAGAAAAGUUUAAAUCAACCGAAAUAGUGAAAAAAGCGGACGAAAAGCGUCUAAUGUACAAAAUGCCAACAACAUCUACUUGGAAAACUUAUCAAGAGGAGCAGCUAACUUAUGAACCAGAAAAUCAACAAGUUCACAAGGAAGUAGUUACCAGAUCUAGAAGUUUAUAUAAUCUGCAAGAUGAACCUGUCGAGAUAUUAUUAAACAAGCCACCAACAUUAAUAAAAGCAACAUCCGAAAACCAUUUGUUUAAAAAUAAUAUAAAUCAAAAACCAAUAAUAAUACAAACAACUCCUUCCAAAAAAUAUAGCAGUGCCGUUAAUUUAACUCUUGAAAAAGAUUCCACAAAAUCCAACAAAAAUAUUAAGUAUAAAUCUCAAUCUGAUUUAUGUGCAGACAUUGAAGGACCAAAAAAACUUGAAAGACCCAAAUCAAUGGACUUCCUUAUUCACAAAGAAAAUAAAUCACACGCAGAAACAUUAAAAAAACAUUUUUACUAUCACCCUCUUAAGCCAAAUAAAAAACUCAAUGAUAAUGAACUACCAGAUCCAGAUAAAGUACUAAGCACAAGGCAAUUAUUUCAAAAAGAACUUAAAAUACCAUUACCGCCGAGCAUGAAUAAUCAAAAUCCAAAAACAGGACCAAGGCCAACGCAAGAAAUACGAGUUAUUCCAGAAACAUACAAGUCAAAACUUAAAAAAUGUGUGUCCGUCGACAUGGGGACAAGUAUACAUAAUAGAUGGACGGAUAGCGGAAGCAUAUCGUCAGGAGUUGGUAGUGAAGCGAGCUUUGACACAGAAUCAUCUGAGACAAAUCCGCGAGCUGACGGGUACAGUAGUGACGACGAAGACUAUUUAACAGACAAAACAACCGUAGAAAUAGUUGGAAGACCGGUAUCAGCUGAAAUACUUAAUAAAAUCAGGAAGUUUGGAACCAGUGUUACUUAUUAUGGUGGUAAGGUAAUAUCUAGCACCAGAGGAGUGGUAUGUAGUCCUAUGACAAUGACUAUUAUGGAUGAAAUAAGACAUCAAAAAGAAGAAAAUGUAAAACUUAGACUAGUAAAAAGUAAUAGUUGUGGAAGUAGAAUUGAAUUAAUGGAAGAACCCAAACGAGGUGAAAAACAAGUAGAAGCCAUACAAGAAGAAGAAGAAGAAGAAGAUGAAGAACAACAACGGGGAACACCAAGUCCGCGAACAACAGAUGACAAUUUGUCAAAACUUUCAAGCGCAUCAUCAGACGAUAUGUCAUGGAAAGCUUUAGUAGUAAUUAGACAAAAAAUGAGUACCAUACCAGUAUUUGACAUGGAAUUUGAAGAAUUUGAAAUAUUAGAUGACAAAAAUAAUUAAAACAUUAAUGAUUGAUUUCCCAAAAAAAGUUUUUGUAUUAUUAUUAUUAUUGUUAUUUAAAUAUAAUACAAAACAUAUUAAUGUUGUCAACACUUUUUAAUUAUAGCUAACAGUAAUGAGCAGAUAGGUAUUCUUUAUAUAAAAAAUAAUCGUUUUAUUUUAAUUAUAUCUGAUAAAAUUGUAUAAAUCAUUUAAUAUGGCACGCUUAGUCAGUUAAACGGUUAAGAUUAAUUAAAGUAUCUUUGUUAAUAUUUUACAUCAGUUUUGCUUAUCCAAAUAAUAUUUAUACAUUUCUAAUACUUGUAAAUAUAAGUAAAUAUUAUAGGUACUUACAUGCUAAUUAUAUCUAUACAAAUGUGUCUUUAGAAAUACAAUUUAAGAAACGAAAGAUUUUAAUAUUUUAAUUAUAAAUAACACAUUAAAUGUUUAAAUAAAAAUAUCUUUAGUGCAUAUUGUAUAUUGUUCUAUCUUAAUAUUAGCAUUUCAAGUUUAGAUAAAGCUUUAAAUAAAGCAUUUAAAUGGACAUUUUUACGAAAAAUCAGUUUUUAACUUAAAAUAUUUUCUUAUUUUUAUUUUAUCCAAACAACCAAAUAACCAUAUAUACUUGAAAAUGUUACCAAAUAUUUAAAUUAACAUUUAAUAUAAAUUAUAUUAUGGAAUAUUUUAAAAAUAUUUUGAUUCUUUUUGAGCUGAAAAUUUUGAUUUUUUUAGUUUUUUUUCUAUAAGUGUCAAUUAAACAUUUUUCGAUCGAUUAAAAAGCUUGAAAAUUAAAAUAAAAGGAUCCUUGUAAGUUUUUAUCAUACCUAAUUUAAAAUAUUAACCAUGCAUAGGUUACCCUAGGCACUAUUUUUGUUAUAUAGAAAUUUGAAGUUCAAACAUUGACAAAAUGUCUUUUCAAAGCAACAAUUUUAAACAAGAAGAAUUAUAAAAACCAUUUUUAUUUAACCAACAUUAUAAAGAGUUAAAUAUUUUUUAAUAAUUAAAAAAUAAAAAUAUAUUAGUUUGUUAUUAAAAAAAAAUUAUUAAAACAAUAAUUUUGGUGAAAAAUUAAUAUUUCAAAAAAUAUUAUAUGUAGGUACUAGGUAUGGUUAUAGGUUAGUGUACACCUAUACAAUAUCUAUGUUUCGGUAACUAUUUAAUUCAUUGUUAUUAAUCGUAGAUUUAACCCUUAUUACUUAAACACACAAACUAUAAAUUACAUUAAUUGUUAUCAAUUUACAUUUAGGGUUCUGUAAGUGGUAAGUUAAUACACCUAUAAUAAUAUUCAACUUAAUGUGUUAUUAUAAAUAAUUUAUAGUAGGUGUACAUUAUAUUAUAAAUGUGUUCAAAAAUAUAUGUCUGCACGACCGAGUCAGAAUAUACAUACGUUACACCUAUAUCAUUUUUUCUUUUUACUUAAACAUUGUAAUAACAUACUAAUUGUACAUCAUAGGUACACAUAUCAUUAUUAAUAACUAUAUAAUAUUAUUUUAAAUUUAUAUUUUAUCUAUUAACUUUAGCCAUUCUUUUUAAUUAGAGCAUUUCAUUUAUAAUAAUAAGUAAUAACUAAACCUUAUAUUUUAUUUUUAUCAUAGGUAAGUACUUAUAUUAGUGACAUUCAAGUAUGAACUCAUGUUUUAACAUAAAACACCUACAUGCACUAAACUAAAUACAUGGAACGCGUUCAUUGUUCAAAAUAUGAACCUCAUAGGAAGUCGCCAUAUGCAUUCCAAGUCAAGGGAAAACAUGGUAAAAUGUUAUGUUAUCUAUGAAAAUUGUUAUCAUUAUCAUAAUAUUAAUGUUAAAAUUGAAAUCGGAAUGCAUAUGGCGGCUCCCGUAUGGUCUCAUUUUACAUAUAUGAGAAUUAUACAUAAUACGCAUUCCAUGUAUUUAGUUCAGUGCCUACAUGUAGGGUUACGUUGAAUUAUAUUUUUAGUUAGUAUGUAGGUACAUACCACCUACUAAUAAAUGUAAACAUUUACUUAUUUUAACUUUAGAUUAUGGUAAUAUUUGUCAAAUUUUCAAGUUUAAUCAUUUAAGUAUUCAAAUAGGUAGGUACAUAAUAGUUCUUGUA